GUGUGGUGGAGCUGAAGAUGGGCACACAUGGGUUGCCUAAGCUCGGGUGGUGGAGGGUGAAGGUGGUAGCUGGGGACACAAGUACACUAUCAUCCCUUCUACAUCACCAAGUAUUUUCAGUCCAGGUUUGAGGUGCUGGUGGAGGCGCCCUUCUUUACCGUGGCGAGCGAGGGGGCGAUAGCUGGCAGGUUCGGCGCCUUCUUCCUCACCUACAUGCCCGUGGAGGGGUCAGCCAACGUCACUGUGUACAUGAAGGAACACUGGAAGCUCCCUGACUCUGCGUAUAAGAAGGUGCUGACUGACCAAGUGGGAUAUGUGAACGGCUGGCGAGACUUCCGCUAUCCACUGAGCCAACUGCAGGCCAACCACUCCGGUGACCUGACCUACGCUGAGGUGAAAGUCAAGGUUGCAGUGAGACAUGCCUUCAUCGGAGACAUCAACUACGGUCACGCUAAAACUCGUUUAGUGUCGCCUGGUGUGAAGUUAGCGUUCGUGGGAUCCGCUCCUCUGGUGUUCAAGCCUGGCAUGACGCUCUCUGCUGCUGUGGCCGUGAGUUAUGAGGACGGCGAAGCACUGGAGGCGGAGAAGCUGCGUCAGUCCACCCUCACCAUCAGCGCCUCUGUGACCCUCGCGUCUGGGGGCACCGAACACCUGCCCAGGAUUAUCGCGGAGCCUAUCAACGUGCACCGCCUCAUGCACCCCUGGGACACGAGCACCAGCAGACACAACCUCACCAGCGGCAGUCUCCUGAAGGAAACGCUGGCGGAGGACAACUUAGCCAAAAGCAAGAUCGUGAAGGAUGACUCUUUCCGCGACAACUUCACGUACCCCUCAGGACUGCAGGACCGCGUGUGGAUGGGGCAGGAGGAGGCAGGGGAGAGGAUACGGUCUGUUCUCAAGCAUCACUCAGCUUUCGUGCGUUACCAGGAGGACGGAAUAUUGGAAUUCACUCUGGAGGUACCUGAGGGAGCGAGGGGUCUGGAGGUGCACGCCAACUACAGGGACACGGAGGGGGCGGCGGCGGCUGCGUCCAUAGGGGGGGAGCCCGUGCACUCUCCCAAGGGACGUUACCUGCACGUGACCACCAGCACCGUCACUGCCACCGUUGGGGAGUUUGCAAUCUUCCACAUCAGAGCAAAUUUCCCCAUGGAUUGGUUCCAGUACGUGGUGCUGGCUAAGGGGGUACUGAUCCACUCGGAGACAGAGCAGGUGAAGUGGUCUGGCAGGGAGGUGGUGACAACCCUCAGUCUUGCCAUCGCCCGAGAGAUGUCGCCUCGCUUCACGUUGGUGGUGAUGCACGUGGCACAGGACAACCACGUGCUAGUCGAUACCAUUAACGUGUCUGUCAAGCUUCACUAUUCCAAUCCGGUGAAAGUUGAACUGAAUCAGCAUAAGGACCACUCCAAGAGGACGGUGGAGGCCUCGAUGCGCGCUGCCCCGGGGACCCACCUGGCCCUAACCUGCACGCGCUGGCCCGCCUGGCUCGCCCACCACUCCGGCCGCAUCACUCCCGCCACUCUGCUGAAGGCGGUACUACAGAUGGAGCCACAUCCAAGGUCCCUCUACACGGUGCGGCGCAGGUCACGGAGCGGGUCACAGACUGAGAAAAUAGAGUCCCUAUCAGCAGAGAGCACGGGGCAGUGGCCGCUCGCUUCCCUCCACCAGGCUGGCUUGACAAUACUUACUGAUGCCAUACUCCCCUCGCCACACCACCUCGGGCGCUGUGACCACCAGAUGGGCUUCCUGGAGUGUGGUGACGGCACGUGUUACCGCCAGACAGAGGUGUGUGACGGGUACGCCCACUGUCACAACCAGGCGGAUGAGCUGCACUGUCUGGCGGUCUCUCACGAGUACGAGCAGUCCAACACCACCUUGGAGGGCCGGCUGCUGAUCACUCCAGAGCUUGAGGAGGAGCAGUUUCGUGUGACGCAUCGCUCCUGGUGGCGUGACCUCUUUGACGUCAAGGAUGGAAGCUGGUGCCUCACCCAUACGUAUUUUGGCCACAAGGGGUACCAGAGGGUGGAGUUGGACGUACCACAUUCUCCGGGGCAGUGGGUGGUGGAGGGCUUUGCGACACACCACCACCACGGCCUCCACAUUCUCUCCGAGCAGAGUUACAACGCCACCCCGCCGCUCCUCAUGCAGGUGGAGGGGCCGUCCUUCUGCCGCAGGGGGGAACAGAUCGCCAUACGCGUGCACCUGUACAACUCCCUGGCGCAGAACAUGCUGGUGAUGGUGGUGCUGGAGGGCAGCGACGACCACCGCUUUGUGCACGUUGAGGGCGACGCGUCUGUCAGCCACUACAACCCCAGGCUCUCCCGCGGCGACCACCAGCACCUCAUUACGGUGCGGGGCGGCAAGUUCAUGGAGGUGGCGCUGCCGCUGGCCGUGAUGAAACAGGCUGGGGACUUCACGGUGACAGUGCGCGCCCUCUCCCAGCUGGUGACGCGCACAGCCACCCUCAAGAUCAAAGUGCAGCCAGAGGGAGCUGAGGUGAGAAAGCACACAUCCAUUCUCCUCGACCUCAAGAAUCGUGCCACAGUGUACGAGUUCUUUAACCUGCCAGUCGACCAGAGCCCAGAGAUCAGCAAGAGUAUUCUGAGGCGCUUUGUCUACGGGUCCCCGAGAGCUUCUGUCACUGUGUCAGGUGAUGUGUUCGGGCCGGUGCGAGGCGACGCGACCCUUAACUUCCAGCAAGCCUUCAAGGGCCGUUUCUUCAAGAGCAAUGACGGCGUGGCGUUCAACUUCGGCUCGACGGUGUGGACUCUUCACUACCUGCGCCUCACUAACCAGCUGUCCACCGCCGACGUGAAGAAGGCGUUCCAGUUCCUCAAUGUGCAACUGGCGGGGCUCCUCACGCGCUACAAGGACGGAUCUUUCAAGAUGUGGCACUUCUCUCAGCCCUCCGUGUGGGUGACGGCGUGGACUCUGCGGGUAAUUCUGGCGGCGCAGCUGGAGGACUGGGAGAACCUAGUGUACGUGGAGCCGCGCCUGAUCACGGAUACCAUCGACUUUCUGAUCAAGCACCAGGCACCGGACGGCAGCUUCCAUGAGACAGAGCACUACGAAAACGCCACGCUCUGCUACACCAUGAGCUUCAAGGGUCUGUCUGGCGGGGAUCCUAUGAGGCCUCGUGAUGAAAAGGACAAGCCUCUGGUGGCACUGACGGCUCUGGUAGUGACGCUGCUGCGGGAGGCGCUGCCCACCGUGACGGGGGAGGUGCACGGGAGGGCUGUGGGCGCCAAGCUGCGAGCCAUAAGGUUCCUGGAGCGCCAUCUGGACCAGCUGUGGGACCCUUAUGAGGUGGCCAUCACCACUUAUGCCCUCACCAUGGUGGCCAGCACGGAGAAGGAGGUGGCCCUUAAGAUCCUGGAGUCCAUGGGGAGGAGAAGCACAGAGGGAGGGCUGCACUGGUCACGUGACACGGUAUCCAGUAACAACCGCCUCGCCCAGGAUAACCAGAGGAGCUUCCUGCUGCCGAAGGAACCUCAGGAGUGGGAUUCCUACGCCGUGGAGGCCACCAGCUACGCCCUCCUCACCUUCCUGCUGCGGGAGGGCGUCACCCCGCGCGUGGAAUCCAUCGUGCGCUGGCUCACCUCCGUGCGGGACUGGGACAUGGCCUUCAGCGGCACUGUGGACACAGUGUUAGCCAUGCAAGCCCUCGCGGAGUACAGCCACAGGGCGAGGCUUCGUGACGUCACCAACCUGGAUGUGCGUAUUGAAGCCUCCUCCUCUCCUGGCUUCUCCGAGGAACUGUCCAUCACCAACCAGUCCAUCUCAGCCAAACACUCCUUCCCAAUCCCGCGUCCUUGGGGUCACGUAUACUUGGAGGCGCGGGGAUCAGGUCAGGCGGUGGCACAGAUGGAAAUCACCUGGGGAGUUGACCUCGAUCGGUAUCUGGAGAAGCCCCCGCGGAAGUAUUUUGACCUGACCGUGACGGAGACUUACCCUCGCUUCAGAAACAAGUCCAUCAUUUACACGGAGAUCUGUACCAGGUGGACGGCAGUAGAGGUGUCCCCGGUGAGCCACGCGGCGUACCUGGAGAUCGAGGUGGCCACAGGGUACUUCAUAUCCCAGCCGACCGCAAACAACAUUGUCAAGAAAAUUAUGGAGGGGUACUUCCCGCAGCUUGUCGACGUCAAAGUGUCGCAAACCAAAUUGUCCUGGCAGUUUAGUUAUGUGCCCAGCGAUAAGAUGAAUUGCUUUAAUUACACCUUAAGACGUCACUUCCCAGCUGCAAACCUCACUGCUGUUCGCUAUGCCACUAUCUACGAGCUCUUUGCCCCAGAGCACUUCGAGACGACAAUGAUCAACUCCACCAGUCUGGCCGCCCUUGACAUCUGCGAGGUUUGCGGCUCCUACCAGUGUCCUUACUGUCCUUACUACAGCGGCAAGGCUCCCCACGUCCACCCCUGCCUCCUACUCCUUGUCCUCGCUGUCCUCUUACACUUCUCCUUCAUUCUCCCGGCGCCAGCUUUAACGGACCAGGAGGGGGGAAAAAAUCGGCGUUUGAGAGACUAGUGCAUUGGUGUGGUGGUGCCGGACCAGUCGACCUUCAGUUGCCAGAGGUUUCUGCGCUGGUGAAAUAUUCUGUCUCGCCGCCGCCCUCGUGUAAAAAAUAGGCGGACUGCAUUCUCAAACGCUCUAGUGUCAUAUCUCGGUAACUUUCAAGCCCCUAGUGGAAGUUAUCGGGGUUUACAAGAGUGUUUUCUGAGCUGCGUUAAAUAUUUUGACUCGCCGCUGCCUUGGUAUAAAAAAAAAAGCUGACUGCAUUUUCAAACGUUCCACUAUCCUAUCUUGGUAACUUUUAUGUCCCUGGUGGACGUUAUCGGGGUUUGCAUGGAUGUUUUCGUUCCUCUAAUGAUAGUUUGACAAGUAUUUUGUAUCAUCAAUAGGGCAAACACUCUUGUGAACCUGACUAAUCACCUCUGUGGCUUUUGGAAAUAAUCCUUGUGAGUGAUGCAAAGCGCUUCAAAUCUCGAGUACAGACGAUUACGUAAUUAUAGACUCGUUUUAUCUUUUAAUCCGAAGCGCGUGAACUGAUGAAAUGAAGCAGCAGCAGCAGACUCGUUCACGUUCCCUGCUGAUCCUGCUCCAACUGACGUCUUCCCAAAACCUGCUACGCUAUUAGUACAAAUCCAAGUGUUGAUAUAAAUGUAUUAGAUGUAUGAGUGUGAUUUUUGUUAGAUGUGUGUUGUGAAGAAAGAACUGCAAGAGAGAGAGAGAGAGAGAGAGAGAGAGACUCAGUCCACCUAACUGUGCCUUUAAUAAGUGUUUUACUCGCUCAGUGCCGCACAAAAGUUGAGAGAAAAUGGUGAAGGAGGUCAGGUGUGUGCGGGAGCCUGCCAACCCUUCACAGGUGACAUUGAGAGGCGAGAUAACACAGAUAAAUGAUAAAAGAUAAAAUGAAAUAAACAAAUAAUUAAAACAGAUACACAUGAUUAUACAGUGGUAGUGUAACGUGUGUGUGUGUGUGUGUGUGUGUGUGUGUGUGUGUGUGUGUGUUGCUUUUAACAUUUUGAUACUUUCACGCUAUAAGUCAGUAGCUUGUCUUAUUAUUAUUAUUUUUUCUACGAACGUGUUGUAAAUUACUUGUCCUUGUUUGUAGCUGUGUGUGUGUGUGUGUGUGUGUGUGUGACCUUGCCCUUCUUGUACCUUCCAUCUCCCCCGUAGUGUUGUUACGACAUUAGUCUUUAUAUGAUAACCACUGUAAUAAACGUGUAGCAGCUAACCAUG